AUGGAGAUUGAUGAGAAUGGAUCCUUAUCACCGGUCAAGGUGCAGAAUGACAAGAAGCAGAAUCUGGAGGAUGCUCUUUACUUCAUCGCACUUAAUGGUGGGGAUAAAGAGUCAUGGUCCCGUAGAGUAGACUCAGAAAUUUUAGAAGAGUAUGACAGAUUGAGGAAUGAGGUAAAACUGAAAUUAGUUCAAUCAAAUCCUGAUCUCUCCCUGGAUACUCUAAUGGAUCUUGUUCAAAGACAACUAGGGCUAUCUGCAUGUGAAUCUGGGGGUACAGAUGUGGCUAGGAGGGAAGUGAAUAUUAACACCCCAAUGGUGUUAAAUGAAAAAAUCAUGGAUGCUCUGGGUCUGGUGGAUUCGCCUUCUGGUGAUGUACCAAAAGGGUCUCUGGCUUCUGGCCAUGAUGCGAAGGUUCGGUGGGGUGAUGUUGAGGAGUUACAGAGCCCUGUGAUGCCUUCUCCAGUUAAGGUUCAUCCGGUUGAUCCUGAGGUGACUGGGAAGCAAGCUUCAGUGAAUCCUCGAAAAAACACGAGGGUCCCUUGGUCUGCACUCUUUGCAAAUAACAGAGCUCCGGAAUCCUGUACUCCCAUCCCUGCAUUUCCUUCAGAUGGGUUGGGUGCUAGAUUGAAUCUGUUUGAUCUCACGAGACCAGAGGAUUCCUAUUUGAAGUGCUUAGUUGGGUAUUUUGCAGGUAGAUACCCAGGAAAUGCUGCUAUUAGUGCCAUUGUGAACUCAUGGAAAGCCAAUGUUACCUUUAUCAGACAUGUUGACAACUGGAUCGUCUUUAAGUUCCAAGAUGAAGAAGACUUGGAUAGGAUCUUGCAAAAAGCCCCAUAUAUCAUAAGAGGCAGAACCUUAUUCAUUAAGAGGAUGCCAAAGAAUUUUCAGUUUGGCCCUGAACACAGGACUAUCCUACCUGUGUGGGUUCAACUGAGGAACCUCCCUAUGGAGAUGUGGAAUCCCUUAGCUCUUGGGAAAAUAUGCUCUAAAUUGGGUAAACCUUUGUGUGCAGAUAAGCUUACGAUGCUGAAGGCUAGAGUGUCUUUUGCAAGAGUCCUAGUUGAAGUAGAUGUGGCUAAAGAGCCUAAGUACUCAGUUAAGGUUAAGACUGAUGCUCCUAGUCCCUCUGGGGUUAAGGAUAUAGUUACUGUCCCGGAUAGGGUGGGUCCUUCUGCUAACAUUGUGCAGGAUGCCCCUCCUCGUGAUGCCAGUGUGGUGAUUGACAAAGGUAAAUCUGUGGUGGAGGAUCCUGAGUCUUCUGAGAAAAUGACUUUGGAAGAGGGUUCUCUGGGGAAUGCUCAUUUGAAUGAUCCUGCUGAGAUGAGAUCCCCCCCGGAGGGCCAUAUUGUGGAUACUACUUGUGUGAAAGAUCCAGUGCCCCAUGAAGCUUGUGAAUCCCCUGGGGAUAACUUAGUGCAGCCUCAGCUGGACUUGGGUAAAGAAAUGGAUACCUUCAUCCCCUUGGAGAUUCCAGUGCAACAGGAAUGCCAGACUCAGUCUGAGGGCCUAGGAGUGUGUGCUCUGCAGGCUACUGGUGUUCCUAAAAGAACUCCACCCCUAGGGAAACCAAGACACAUUUCCAAGGACCCUAAUAAGGGUUUUACAGAAAAAAAAUUCAGUAAUUGGCAACAACUCAACAACUUUGACCUUUAUGAUGCAGGAAGAAUUGUGAUCCUCUGGGAUCCACUAAAAGUCUUGGUUCAGACCCACCAUGCUAGCCCCCAGGCUGUUCACUGCACUGUCAAAUGCUUAGUUUCCUCUAACACAUUCCUAUGCAGCUUCAUUUAUGGUUAUAAUUCUCUGGUUGCCAGAAGACCUCUGUGGCUGGAUCUCGUUCAGACUGGCAGUUCCUCUACAAUGCCUUGGAUGCUCCUUAGUGAUUUUAAUUCUGUCCUUAAGCCUGUGGAAAGGAGGAAUGGCAGUCCAGUGUCUGUAUAUGAAACAAAGGACAUAAAUGAUUGCUUUAAUGAAGUUGGCUUAUCUGAUCUGAACUCUUCUGGAUGUCUACUUACAUGGUCUAAUGGAAAUGUCUGGAGUAAGUUGGACAGAGUUGUGGUUAAUCAGUGUUGGCUUGGCAUUGGUUGGAACUCCCAUGCAGUUUUUCAAUUUCCUGGAAUACUAUCUGAUCAUUCUGUUUGCUUAGUAAAUUUAUUUGCUGACCAGGACCUGGAUGCUCUUCCAUUUAAAUUCUUCAACAUGUGGUCCACUUAUUCUGAUUUCAUGAGGAUUGUAAAGGAUGUUUGGGAAAAUGAGUUUGUUGGUAAAUUGCAAUAUUGCUUCUACAAAAAGCUCCAGAUCCUGAAAAAACCAUUGAGACUUUUGAAUUCCUCCAACUUCUCUUAUAUCUCAUCGAGAGCUAAGAUAGCCACUUCUGAAGUGAAGGACCUCAAAAAAUUGCUACACAACAACCCCUCAUGUCAGUCCCUGCACGAGGAUUUGAAAUCAAAGAAACUGAAUGCCUUAAGACUUGAGGAAGCCAACAGACUAUUUUUAGCUCAAUUUCCAAAAAAUAGGAACCUAUCUGAAUCUUAUGAUCAGGUUGCCCAAGAAUUUAUAACUUACUAUAAGCAGUUAUUGGGGUCUACCGGCUGUAACUCAUUAGUAGACUCUCACAUCUUGGCUAGAGGUCCUGUAUUAAAUGAGGAAAAAAGAAAUAGUAUGAUGGCUCCUAUCACAGAUGAUGAAAUUAAGGAUGCUCUUUUCAGGAUUGGAGACAACAAAGCCGCUGGUCCUGAUGGGUUUUCUGCUGGUUUCUUUAAAAGUUCUUAG